ACAGACUCACACAUAUAAAAGAAGCAAGGGUACUCGGGUUUGAAGCUGCUAGAGGCCGCUUGGUCAAAGUAGACGUCUGAAAGACCACUCAUUAAAAUGUUAUUUCAAGGGACAGCUGUGCACUUUAUAGUUUUAUGAAGGAUUAAACAACGUGACAACCUCUGUCAGCUACCUAGCAUGGUGCGUUCAUUGAAGGAGGACCAUGCAAACGGAUGAACGUCACAGAUGAGUGUCCAGCGAUUCACUGGUCAUGGAAAACUUGACUGGAUCCAACUCUGAGCAGCAGCCCGUGGGCUUCACAUUUCCUUCUGUCCCCUCAAAAAAGACUGUAAUUUAUGAAAAUGGCCAUGAACAUCCCACUCACACAAACCCCACAGCUGCAGCACACAGAGGGGCCAGCGAUCCAACUGCAUACCCCCUAUCAGAUUUCAAAAGUCUGGUCCGGCAGAGAUUUAUACGCAGAAGUUUGUGGUUCUCUGAGUCAGAGGAUCAAGAAUUUGAGAUUUCAGAAUGCGACACCACCAGCAGUCCUGUUAAAAGUGCACAUAUUGCUGUCCAGAGAAGCUUUAACGUGGAGUGUCAGGUGGGACAGGGGAAAGGUGUAAAAGAGAACUUCACCAAUGAGCCAGAGACAAGUGAUGCUGAGGAAAAACAUGAUGCUGAACCAUCUGAAAAGUCCAAGAGUGUAGGGAAAGCUGGAAGUGAUGAGAACGAGGAAGAGGCUGAAAUGAAAGCCGUAUCCACCUCUCCAGGUGGACGCUUUCUUAAGUUUGAUAUUGAACUUGGCAGAGGGUCCUUCAAAACGGUCUAUAAAGGCCUGGACACUGAUGUGGAGGUGGCCUGGUGUGAACUUCAGGAUCGUAAGCUGUCCAAAGCAGAACGUCAGAGGUUUAAAGAGGAGGCAGAAAUGCUAAAAGGUCUUCAGCAUCCAAACAUUGUGCGCUUCUAUGACUUUUGGGAAUCUCCUCUUAAGGGAAAGAAGUGCAUUGUUUUAGUCACUGAACUGAUGACGUCUGGAACACUGAAAACAUAUCUGAAGCGAUUCAAGGUGAUGAAACCAAAAGUUUUACGAAGCUGGUGCAGACAGAUCUUAAAAGGUCUUCACUUUCUCCAUACGAGGACACCUCCCAUCAUCCAUCGGGACCUGAAGUGUGAUAACAUCUUCAUCACUGGUCCUACAGGCUCCGUCAAGAUUGGAGAUCUUGGCCUGGCCACUCUAAAAAGAGCUUCCUUUGCCAAAAGUGUAAUCGGCACUCCAGAGUUUAUGGCCCCUGAGAUGUAUGAGGAACACUAUGAUGAAGCAGUAGAUGUGUAUGCAUUUGGGAUGUGUAUGCUAGAAAUGGCCACAUCCGAGUAUCCAUACUCAGAGUGCCAAAAUGCAGCACAAAUCUAUCGCAAAGUUACUAGCGGUGUGAAGCCAGCCAGUUUCAGUAAGGUGUCCGUGCCUGAAAUAAAAGAAAUCAUUGGAGAGUGUAUCUGUCAUCAUUGGGAGGAAAGGUACUCCAUGAAGGACUUACUAAAUCAUGCAUUCUUUGCGGAGGACACUGGAGUGAGAGUAGAGCUGGCAGAAGAGGAUGAUGGCAAUAAGUCUUCCAUUGCUCUAAGGCUUUGGGUUGAAGACCAGAAGAAACUUAAAGGGAAGUAUAAAGACAGCGGUGCUAUCGAGUUCACCUUUGACCUGGACACAGAAGUCCCUGAAACAGUUGCCCAGGAAAUGGUGGACUCUGGCUUCUUUUUAGAGACUGAUGUGAAGAUUGUGGGUAAGUCUAUCCGUGACCGUGUGUCUCUAAUAAAGUGGAGAAGACAGCGGAGCGCCUCAGCCAGUAAUGGAAAGACAGAAGAAAGAAGCACCAAGACUCAGACACAAAAUCUCCUUCAGGUGCCCUCCACAAGUCCACCAGUGGUUGGACCACCCAGUCUUCCAUCCGAAAAAGAGGAGCUACAGACUGAAGCGGUCAGCCUGAUUUGCAUUGCCCCAACAGGUGCUACUACAGCUACACCAGACAGCAGUGCUGGCUCAACAAUGGUAACAGGCACUUCGGGCAACCAAGACAACACCUCUCAGCAAUCCCUCUCUGAGUCCAUUUCCACUGCACAAAGGGUCUUAAGCCCUCCAACACAGCUUCUGGUUCAGUUGCCAGAAGGUGCCCAACAGGCGUCUACUGCACACCUGCCUCUGGGCACUCAACAACAACCUGCUCUACAAAUGCCCCAAGGUGUCCCACAACAAACCAUAGUUCAGUUACUCCAUGGGACCCAGCAACAACCUAGUCCUCAGCAACCCCAGGGAGCCCAACAACAGCCUAGUGCUCCCAUGCACCAUGCUGCACAAGCACAGACCCAUGGUUUGGUGCCACACGCACCCCAGCAACAACCCACCAUUCAGCUCCACCAGCAAUAUCAGCAGUCAACUCAUCAGCUACAUCAAGGGGCUUUUCAAAAAUCUUCUGUACACCUGCAUCAGAGCGCCUACCAGCAUUCACCUCCUUCUGCACAAUUGGUUUCAUCUAAGACCAUCUCUGCUCCAGCUACUCCUGUACCACAUGCUCGUCCACAAAGCAUUCCUGCCUCUGCCCUCUUGGCACAGCAAAACCAGACAACUGUACCACUAGCACAGGAGACUUUAUCAACAUUUCAGCCCCUAGUGCAGCCAUGUUCAGAUCCUCAGUCCAUUCCACAGCAUCUAUUACAGUCAUCCUCUUCAAUGUUCAGCACCACUAGCCUUCCUUCACAACCACAGCUAAAUGUUCAGACACCCCUUCUCCAGCCUCUACAAAUUGCCACACAGUUUCCUUCGAAAUAUCCUCUUUUGCCAGAAGGGGGCACAUCUGCAGGGACAGAGUCAAUACCUUUCUCCUCAGUCUCUUACUCUUUUCCCUACCCCACAAAUGCUCCUCCUGUAUCUUCCCCCUGCUACUCACCACGCCCUAUCACUGCUCCUCUUCCCAUACAACCAAUGCAAAAUGUACCCUGCAUGCUAGGAGCAGGCACACCUGUGUCCACCCCUCUGAAUGUUCCUACCACUAUACCUCUCUUGGCUAUGGCCCUGUCCCCACCCAUGCUUCCUCCCGAGGAACAUCUGCAGCAGAUGUACUCCCCAGUUCCACCACCAGAAGAUGCCCUUUUCCAAUCUCAACCCCAACCAACACAGCCCUCCCUUCCCAUCCCUAAUCCAGCCUCCCUCCUCCAGCGAGACCCAUCUAUUUCUGAACCUUUUACAGAGGAGUUUCCUCGCCAUGAGGAAAUGCAGAUCCUGGCCCCAGCUCACACCAUUGUGUCGCAGAUCCAGUCUCCUCCACAGGACAGGCAGUCAGAGCAAAAGUUUACCACUGCCCGAGCCCCACCUGACACCAUGGAGCCUCCUCUGCAGCCUGCUGGCAUACAGACAGGAUAUGCUGUCCCUGAAAGUACUUGCAUGCCCAGUACAACUCAGCAAAUGGCAGACACUGCUUCAAUGCAUAUUCCUCCUGCACCAGAGCCCAGCCCAUUUCAGCCCAGCACUGAGGCACCUGUAUCUAUUCCAUUCCAUAGUUAUGUAUGUGACAGCCUAAACCAAGAUGCAGGUUCUGGUAAAGAAAUGAGUGACAGCUACGAGGGACCCACUGGUGGAGGAAAGGGCGAUGGCAAACCUAGAAAGCACCACCGCAAAUCCACUCGUACGCGCUCACGCCAGGAAAAAAUUAACAAGCCAAAGCUAAGCAUGCUAAAUGUUAGUAAAACAGGUGACAAGAUGGUGGAAUGCCAGCUGGAGACACACAAUCAUAAAAUGGUGACUUUCAAAUUUGACCUAGACGGAGACGCACCUGAAGAAAUAGCCACUUAUAUGGUAGAAAAUGGUUUCAUUCUACCAAUAGAAAAGGAAAUUUUUAUAGAUCAGCUUAAAGACAUUGUCGACAAGGCAGAGGACAUUCUAAGCGAGGACAUGGACGGAGAGAAGACAUCAGAACUUGGGACAAGUCAUUUGCAAGGACAAACUCCUAGCGAUCAAGGGGGAGAGGGAAUAAAAGAACAGCAACCUGGGGCCCCCCAGCCUGUUUAUCAACAAAAUGUUCUGCACACAGGUAAGAGAUGGUUCAUCAUCUGCCCUGUGGAAGAGGCUCCUGCUGCCAGUCAGGAUGGAUCCUCAGAUGGAGGUCCAUCUACACAAUCUCCAUCCACAACAACAGUAACUGAUGGGACAGCUCAGCCUAGUGAGAGUGCAUCAGCCCAGCCACCAGAACCCAGCACAGGAUCUGCCUCUGCAUCAAUGGAUUCAGAAGCCUGUGCCACAGCAACUCCAUCUGGAGGAAGCGAUCACUAUGGGGUUUGGAGCCCCCUCUCUAUGACCACCACUGAUCCUCUUUCUUUGACUGCUCUUUCCCAAGCUUCCCCUGCCCCACAAGCCACUGCAAUGCCAGUGCAGCCUGCUUCCCAUCCAGAGGAGGGGCCACAUUUGGGCUCCGCCAAAGUCAGUGUGCAACAAUCCCAACCAUGCAUGGAUCCUCAAAGCUCUCUUUCUGUGGAUGAGACCCAGAGUGGCCGAUUAGGCUCAGUUUCCCCCAUGCACACUGCUCAGCAGAUGGCUGAAAUUGCAUGUGCUGUCUCCAUGGUGGAGGACACGCCCUGCUGUCCCUUGGUCAUGCCGCUGUCCCUUGAAGUGAGCAGCGGGGCUCAGAGGUCAUCCUCUGUGAUGCCACAACCAUCACAAGACACCACGUCUGCUCGCGAACAACUCCACUCCAUUACAUCUAGUCGAGUGGAACGAACCCAGCAGCCUGUGGUACUUCAGCAGCCUGUGUCGACUGUGAGUGGAACUAAGGCACCUUCCCUGCCUCAAAGCCCCGCUCCUUCACAGCAACACUUUGUCCCUAGUGAAUCAGAUGGAGAGGCACGUACCAGAGGAGGGUUUGUAGACAGCACUAUCAAGACUCUGGACGAGAAACUGAGGAAUUUACUGUAUCAAGAGUAUGCUCCCAUGUACCCAUCGGGAAGUGCUGCUGAAACUCCAGGAUCUGGCACGGAGUAUAUUCAAUCCCCGCCUGGACCAGAGAGUGCAGUGGGAGGGUCAGGAACCAGCACACCUAGUCUUAUGGGAGAGGGACGAUUCAGAGCAGGAGAGCAGUUGCCACAGAUUCCAGAACGUGUAGACAGUUUAAGUGCUCUUAGUGACUCUGCGGUUGCAGUUACUGUGCCCAGAAGACCUGUGAUGCCACACUCUACCUCUUGUUCUGGAUCUAGAAGUCGAUAUAAGAUGGCGCCUAGCUCUACUGACAUUCUGUCAGGUCAAGGCCGAAAGCAGCGUAGCCUGAGCAGCACAGCAUCUCCAGCACACCCUGGUGGUUUUUUGGGAGAAUGUGCCAUGUAUGAAGAGCCAACUGUUUCAGCUACUACUGUCGGCAGGUUCUCAGUGGUCAGCACAGAAGAUGAGGUCACACGCAGGAAGCACAGCAGCAGAUAUUCCGCCCCACCUGACUUUUAUCUGGAUGCCCCACCUCCUCUGACCAAACGAGGCUCUCUGCCAAGGACACAAACCUCAGUUUCAGCAGAUGUCACCGUUCAGACCCGUUUCAUGUCUUCUGACUCUGGGGCUGAGAGCAGCCCUGUCAAAAUGGCCCCCACAACGCCAUCUCGUCAUGGUAGGUCUGAAAGGAGAGGAAGUGACUUCAUGAAAAGGGCAGUGGCUUUUCUGAGGCGCUCUGGCCGCAGUAGUAGCGUGCAAAGCUCCGAUUCGCCAAGCAGAAAGGGAGCCUAUGUCAGCAGUGACAAUGAUUCAGAGAUGGAGGACUCAGAUAUAAAGAGAUAGAUACAAAAAAAAAAAAAAAAGCAUAUGAAGGAGGUAACUGAACUGGAGGCCCACCACCGAGAAGAGAUUGAGCUUCUCUACAUCAGAUUAGGGAAAUCACCUCCUCCAGGUCUUUACAUCCCGCCCACAGCGGCCCCUGCUGGACGCAAGCGCAAGACCAGCAGACACAAACUAAAAGCUGGCAAAUUGCUCAGUCCUCUAGUACAACAGCUAAGAAACGUUGCCUCCAAAACUAGUGACAGCAGCAAACCUAAUGAUUUAACAAAAUCAGCAGAGGCUGCCCCAAGCUUGAAUGGGUCUCCAGCCAGGGCUUCCAACUUGUCCCAUGGCAAGGCUUAUUCUGGGACAGGGACUCUACCUUGUUCUGUGUCUGUUCCGGUUCAGACCCAACAGCCCUGCUCUCUCAAAGGAUCUCUCUCCUCCGACAACAUCUACUCUGGUCUACAGGGAGAAGGACCUGGGCCACACAGCCAGCCUGGCCAAGGCUGGCCUCCUUCUCCCCAGGCAUCUGCGCAGGUCACCUAUAAAUCCAGUAGCAAACCACGCGCUAGAUUCCUCAGUGGGCCUGUUUCUCUGUCCAUCUGGUCAACACUUAAACGCCUGUGCCUGGGCAAAGAACGUGGCAGCAGAUCUGGAACACCGUCAGCUGCGUCUAAUCAGUCCCCAGUGCCUCCUCGAUCCACUCCACCUCCUCACCAGCCAACUGGUCUCGCCCAAGCACAGACUAACAACAGCAACAACAAGACAGAUGCUUUCACACAGCAGCUUCAUAGACUGGUGGAUAACUGGGCAGAAGGGGUGAGGGCUCCUUCACGCUCACGCUCCCUCAGUCUAAGACCACAGCAACUAACCAGAUCCAGGAUAUACAGACGGACUUCACAAGAACAGAAUGCUUCUCAGCUGUCUCUUUCAUGGCCGCAGAUUGAUUCCCAUGCCUCUGUGAUGCCGACGGACACUUCACAAGAACAGCGCAGUUUUAUGGUGCCUGGUAACCCUUACGGAAGGAUGCUGACCGCCCCAAACUUAGACAUGGACCACUGGCCAGCAAUGACUGCCACUCAUAACCAAGAAGUCUUUGCUUUCACUGCUGUGCACUCCCCCUCUUGGACAGCACCUUCUUCCCCCAGCGAGGUUCCUAGUUCUAGAAAUAGGACCAUGUAGCUUCACAAUCACUGUACUUACACUUAUAAAAAUACAUCAGAGUUUCUUUUGAGUGCUAGUUAGGCCUAGCAGUGUGCAAUUCUAUCUGUUGCAGUUGCUAGCAUGUAGUUGCUUACAAUGUAGUAAUCCCACAUGAACAUGUAAAAUACUCAGGCCAACAACGUAGGCAUAUCAUCUGUAGUUUACAUUCAGUAUUAUUGUACAUAUUCAUAAAGCCUAUGUAGCAUAACUGAAUUUUAGCAUAGGCAUAUGUACAGAAUGUAUAUUUUUCAUCAAAAUCUAUUUAGCUUGCUAGUGUUUGUGCAGAAUCUACUUCCUUUACACCUUGAGCUGUACACAUAUGUAAAUGCUAUAAGGUACAGCAAUAUGCCCUUAAAUUUGUCUAGAUGUGUAUAGACACUGUUUAUACUUCUGUAAAUAUUAACUCUCUCUGCAUAUGUGCAUAAACUGGACAAAGUGAAUGAAAGACUGAGGUAUAACA